UCGUUCAUCGUUUUAAUGAUGGUUCUAUUAGACGUUUUGCAAUUUAAUUAUUACGUAGACAAUGAAAUCGCGCGGAAUGAUAUGAAGAAUUUCGCCGAGAUGCUUGGAAAAACAUUCAAUCAGUAUAAAAAAUUAUGGAAUGAGUAUUUAAAAUUGCGGAAACACUGUGAAGAUGCAGAUUUCAAAAUUCCAUUUCAAUUGUUGGAACCUGACAAUUGUAACAUUAAUGCUAUUAUCACAUCUGACAUGAGUCAAGUACCAAGUGAACAUACAGAGGCGUCUAUACCUUUAUGUGAAAAUGUUCCUAAUAGUGCCAGUUCAGCAGUAAAUCCAUAUGUCGAUGUUCAAUCUGAGAAUGAUAAUUCAAAGCAGAAACAAAAAGAUGAAUUACUGAAAAGCCCUAUACUCACAAAGAAACAUGAUAAGCAGAACAAUUUCAAUACAAACGAUCCUGUGUCGAUAAAUCUUGAGAAAAAUAUGGCACAUUCACCUUCACUCGUAAACGAUGUUUCUAUUUUAUAUGAUACUACUAAAGGAAACAUAUACAAUGAAAAGGAAGAGAAAGACAAUUCAGUUAUUAAUGACAGUAUUGAUCAGAUUGAAUGUACGCCUAUUUCCAAAAUGUCAAAAAAGUUGGGAGUUAGUAAAUUAUAUAAUGUCGACACUACAGUAUUACAAAAUGGCAAGAAACUAAGACAGUCAACGCUUGUGAUGCUUCAGGAUAAGCAAUUUGUAAAUACUGCAGAUGAUAAAAUGUACAAUAAAUCAGAAUGUUUGAAUUGGCGUGUAUCACCUAAGAGAAAUGAGAAAUUAAAUAAGAGUGGAUCUCUAGAAGAAGAAAUAGUACAAAGAAGUCCAAGUAAAAACAUGAAAUCCCAAUUUAAAAUGAGAAGUUUACAACUUAAGAGGAAGUUUACUGAUGUAAAAGCAAAUAAUAAGUCUGAUUCAUUUAGAGACAAAAGCAAUAGUGAGAACAAGCUAUCUACGAGUGAAAUUAACAACUUUAAAUAUGAUCAGUAUCCAUCCAAUACAAAUGCCUUCAAACAGAAAACUAAUUCUUGUAGUAAAGCUAUUGGAAAAAGCAAUAAUACUCCUUUGAAUUCCCGUGCUUUUUCGAAUGCUGAGAAUUUAGGAGCCCCAGUACAAGAAAUUAAAAAAGAGAUUAUUACCCAAAUGGAAGAAAAGGAAAUUAAAAGAGAAGUUAUUACUCAAAAAGAAAAAAAUAUAUGUUCAGAUUUACCUACUCAAAUGCCGAAUGCCAGUUCUUCGCAGAAUGAUGAAACCUAUUUUGAUAUAGAACAAGUUAAAAACCUUAACUGUAAUAAAAAUGUAUCAGAAGACAUUAAAAACAAUAAAAGCAACCAGAAAAUGUUAUUGAAUUCUCCACCAGUAAAAAAGAGACAAAUAAGUAAAUUUGAUAUCUUUCCUGACAAAGAAGACGUAUGUUAUGACAAAGUACCAAAAAAGAAAUCAGAAAGGGAAAAACUGAAUGGUAUUACUUGUUGGGAAUGUAAACAGUAUUAUGAGGGUCUUGGACUUUCAGAAGAAGAAAUACAAGCAAAGAAAAAUCAAUGUUCUCGACAUAGAAGUUUUUUCCCACAAACAUCCGAUACGCCCGAAGGAUUUUGGAAUCAUCUGUUUCCUGACACCUUAUCCCAUACGUAUGCAGAAUGAAGUGUUGAUGUACCUUAUCCUCUACGUACGCAGAAUGAAAUGCUGGUACACGUAUUAUAUUACCUCAUAAAUAAUUGUUGAGUACAAGAAUUUUUAUUUUAUAAAUUAAAUUAGUACUGAAUAAUGUACAUAAUUAACUAGAAUUGUAUGGACAUUGUCCUUAAUUGUAAGAUUUAUAAUUUGUACAAAAAAUAAAUUUGAGGAACAAUAACA